UCUACAUAGUGCAACUCUUAUGUGAGCUGGGCAUGCUCAGAAGCAGGGGGCUGGUUUGGGUCCGAACUCGGAGCGAAGGUUCUUCAGCUCGGGGCUAGAGCGGGAGUGCCCCGGGAGCCUUGGAGUGCCUUAGAGGAGAAGAUCCCACUUUACUCAUGUAGGCGUGGCCCACGCUUCUCUUGAGACCGAGAGGGACAAGAAGUACGUGGAUGAGACCCAGGGAAACACCUGAUGCUCCAACAAAGGAAGAGAAAAGAUUUUGAUUACAUACAAAUACAUGCAAUAAUUGUUUUUGGAGAGGCACAAAAGAAAUGAAUCCCGGACUUUCAUUUCUCUAUAUUAGAACCCAGGUGACAAUCCGGAUGAAAAAACAAAACAACAGAUAAGUCAGGACCCUAAUUUCUACUGGUUGACAUUUCAUAAACAUUAAUCUCAAAAUGAAUGGCAUUCAGUGAAAGUUCAUAACUAUCUCCAAUGAGCAGAGGCUGAGAUCCUGAACAAGUUCCCUUCUACUCUGCUUAAGUAUUUUGGACAUGCAUGUAUCAAAGAUGGCAUGGAAGGAAAGGCAAAUGAAAUGAAAAGUGAUAAAGUGGGUAAACAAUGACUCACCAAAAGAAAAUGCAUGUCCUGGCUUGAUAACCCCACCUUAACUCACUUCUGCAGAAAAAGAACUAAAAAAAACAAAAAAACAAAAAACCUAACCCCACCAAAACUGGUUGUAGCUUCAGAGCUUUCCUGUACAUUAAUUAAAGCAAUACCACCCAGGGGUCAGGGGCCUGAUCCUCAGUAAAUAAAGAGUAAUAUAAUGAAGAAAUUAUUGAGGUUCAAAAGUUCAGCAGUGUGUGCAUCUAGAGUUUGACACACCCAGGACUGGUGAAAAGAUUCAAGAGGAAGAACUACCAGUAUGUGAAAAUCUCAGUGUGGAAACUGAAAUUUGACCUUGUGCCAGAAAAGAAGGUGAAGCAAGACACACCAAAGUAACUAUCAACCUUGAACAACAGCAAAAGCCAGAGUGAUUCUAUUGCUGCCAAGUUGUAAGUGUGGGGUGGGACAGCAGCUGAGAGAGAAACUGACCAUGGAGAACUCCGUGGCUUCUUGUGUCCUCUACUCUGGGGAAGGCCAAGUAAAUGGGUCAAAGCCUGGGGCCACCUUUAACAAAGGAUUAAGUGAGGAGAAAGGGGACCAAGGAUCUGCCCUCCGGACACCUGGGGAGAGGGACUUGCAGCACCUAGACAAGGAUGAAGAGUUCUCAGGGACUCAAACCAAUGGGGCGGAAGCAGCUGGACUUCCAAUACACAAGCCCUGCAGUCUCGGCUCCUCCUUGUGUUUUAGCUCCACGAACAAUUCUCCACUGCAACCUUGUGCAACUGCGGCUUCCGCGGCAGAGGGUGCUGAAGUCUCUCCCCCCGCCUCUACUUGCAGAGGAAAUCGGGUAGUGAAGAACCAGUGGGAAAUCAACAGUUCUAAUGCCACGUCCGAAGAGUCGGGACAGGAGGAGGAGGCUGCUAAGGCAGACCGGGGGAGCACUACGCCACUGCCUGUCACUUAUUGUAUCCCAGCUGGAGCACAGCCCAGGAAGGAACCAUUGCAUCCUAGGGACCCAAAGAGCAGCAUUGGGGAGGGUGGAGGCAGUGGCGGUGGCAGCAGCAGCAGCAUUGGCCAGAGCAAUGCUCCAGCGGGGGGCGCUUUAAGGGAAGAACCGGACCUGGUGAUUGAAGUGGCUGGACACCGCAUCCAGGCGCACAAGUCAGUACUGGCUGCCAAGAGCGACUACUUCAGAGCGCGCUCAUCUAGGGAGAUCCUGCGGGUGAAGGGGGUAAGCUACUCGGCACUGCGGCUUCUAGUGGAUUACCUCUACACCGGACACAUGGGGGAAGUGAAGCAGGACAAUGUGGCAGAGGUGAUCGCUGGGGCUCGCUUCCUCCAAAUGCCCUGUGCCCUGCAGUGCGCCACUGACGCCAUGCGGGCACAGCUAACCCUCGGUAACUGCUACCAGGUACUGAGCCUGGCCAAGCAACAGAGGCUCAGCGAGCUCCGGGAGGCUGCCUAUCGCUUCAUGAGCGAUCACUACCUCCAAGUGCUGCGGGAGCCCUCUGUUUAUGGUCGCCUGACUGGCUCUGAGCGGGACCUCAUCCUCCAGCGCAGGAUGGAGGCGGGUCGCAGCUGCCUCCUGGUGGCGGAGAUCAAUGACGUUUUUGAGCGGGUGGGCAGCCGACCCCAGAGCCGGGAGAGCAGCAGGCCCCAGAGUCCAUCUGCCUCUGUCUUGUCUCCUGGGGAACAGCCACCCACACCACCACCAGCCCCAGCCCUUGCAUCUUCUGAGGAGGAGGGUAGUCACAGCGAUUCGGUCAUCUACUACUACCAGGAGGCAGAUAAGGAGUGGAAGGUCCUGACUCGGCUACCUGAGGGGGCUAAUGCCAAAGGCUGUGCCAUGUGUGUUCUCUACAACUACCUCUUCCUGGCGGGGGGCAUCUUGCAAGGGGGACCCGAGGGGCGGGCGCGUCUGUCAGACAAAGUCUUCUGUUACAAUCCAGUGACUGACACUUGGACCACGGUUCGGUCCCUAAGCCAGCCCCGUUCCCAGCUAAAGUUGCUGGCCCUGGACGGCUACCUCUACGCAGUGGGUGGCGAAUGCCUAUUUAGUGUGGAGCGCUAUGACCCCCGAACUGACCGCUGGAGUACUGUAGCGCCACUGCCCAAGGGCGGCUUCGCUGUGGCCCAUGAAGCUACCACGUGCAACGGAGAAAUUUACGUCUCUGGCGGCUCCCUUUUCUACCGCCUGCUCAAGUACGACCCCCGACGGGACGAGUGGCAGGAGUGCCCAUGUAGCAGCAGUCGCAAGCGCUCUGCAGAUAUGGUGGCCCUCAAAGGCUUUAUCUAUCGCUUUGACCUGUGUGGGGCAAGAGGGGAGCCAGUGGCUGGAACUUCAGCUUCUAGUGGGAGCGGAGGGGUCAAUGUGUUCCGUUAUCACUGCCUAGCCAAGCGAUGGAGUCAAUGCGCUUCAAACCUGCGGCCACCUGGUGAGCCGUCUGGCCUACAGCCUUUCCGCUGUGCUGCUCUGGAUGGAACUAUCUACUGCGUGAAUAGGUCUGGGGCCUGGCGUUUCAGCCUCUCCGAAGAAGGGGAACCUGGCGAAGAUGGAGGCCAGAAGGGGGUCUUCGAACAAGAGCAGCUCAAACCCCCCUUUGAUGCUCGAGGGGUCCUUUUCCCCUUUGUGCUCACUCUGCCAGAGAGGCAAGACAAAGGGGAGGCUGGGGCACUGUAA